GCUAAACUACCUGAAUGAGAGAUGAAACUACUGUCCUAGGACACUGGGAAGUCUGGGGGUGAUCUUAGGUACAGCUCAAUGCAGCAACUGUUCCAUGAAAAUUAUGAACACAAUCGCAAGGGUUAUAUCCAAGACCUUCACAACAGCAAAAUCCAUGCAGCCAUAACACUUCAUCCAAACAAAAGGCCCGCCUACCAAUACAGGCUUCAUAAUUACAUGCUCAGCCGCAAAAUUUCUGAACUGCGCUACCGCACCAUCCAGCUCCACCGGGAGAGUGCGCUGAUGAGCAAGCUUAGUAAUAGCGAAGUGAGCAAAGAGGACCAGCAGCUGGGAUUAAUGCCUUCUUUCAACCACUUCCAGCCUCGGGAGAGAGAUGAAGUGAUAGAAUGGGAGUUCCUGACAGGGAAACUCCUUUACUCAGCAUCUGAGAACCAGCCUCCUCGCCAGAGCAUCAACAGCAUCCUGAGAACAGCACUGGAUGAUACCGUCCUACAGGUGAUGGAGAUGAUCAAUGAGAAUGCCAAGACUAGAGGACGGCUCAUUGACUUCAAAGAAAUUCAGUAUGGCUACCGCAGGGUUGACCCCAUGCAUGGGGUGGAGUACAUUUUGGAUUUACUGCUCUUGUACAAAAGACACAAGGGGAGGAAACUGACUGUGCCGGUAAGACGCCAUGCCUAUCUUCAGCAGUUGUUCAGCAAGCCUUUCUUCAGAGAAACUGAAGAGCUAGAUGUCAACAGUCUUGUAGAGACUAUUAACAGUGACACUCAAUCAUUCUCCUUUAUAUCUAAUUCUUUAAAGAUACUCUCUUCUUUUCAAGGUGCCAAAGAAGUGGGAGGGCACAGUGAAAAGAAAAUACACAUUCUUGUUCCUCUCAUUGGAAGGUAUGACACUUUCUUGAGAUUCAUGGAGAACUUUGAAAACAUUUGUCUUAUCCCAAAGCAGAAUGUAAAACUGGUCAUCAUCCUCUUCAGUAAGGAUUCUGGCCAAGAUUCCAACAAGCAUAUUGAGCUUAUACAAGAAUAUCAGAACAAGUACCCCAAAGCAGAAAUCACCCUGAUCCCCGUGAAUGGGGAGUUUUCCAGAGGUCUUGGUCUUGAAAUGGGAUCUUCUCAGUUUGACAAUGAUACUUUGCUGCUAUUUUGUGAUGUUGACUUGAUCUUCAGAGGAGACUUUCUCCAACGAUGUAGAGACAAUACAAUUCAGGGACAACAGGUAUACUACCCCAUCAUCUUUAGCCAGUAUGACCCAAAGGUAACCAAUGGGGGGAACCCUCCAACUGAUGACGACUUCGUCUUCUCAAAGAAGACUGGAUUUUGGAGAGAUUAUGGAUAUGGAAUUACCUGUAUUUAUAAAAGUGAUCUUCUGGGCGCAGGUGGAUUUGAUACCUCAAUACAAGGCUGGGGACUGGAAGAUGUAGAUCUCUACAAUAAAGUCAUUCUAUCUGGCUUAAGGCCCUUCAGAAGUCAAGAAGUAGGAGUGGUGCAUAUUUUCCAUCCAGUUCAUUGUGACCCUAACUUGGACCCUAAGCAGUAUAAGAUGUGCUUAGGAUCCAAGGCAAGUACUUUUGCCUCAACCGUGCAACUGGCUGAACUAUGGUUGGAAAAACAUUUGGGUGUCAGGUACAAUCGAACUCUCUCCUGACAAUCCAGGCAACACAUAUUGCCUUUUUUAAAGGGGAGUUUACCUCAUUGUUGGUUGUUGUUGUUUAAUUUUAUUAUUGUUAUUUUUAUUAUUAUAAUUAUUAUUGUUAUAAUUUUAUUUUGUUGUCCAGGUCUUAAACUACUCUUGGUUGUCUUCCAAAGAGUGUUUGUUGACCUCAAACAAGAAGAGUCUGCAGUUCACUGAUAUUUCAGAUUUCUACUGAAGUCAAUAGGCAUAUUACUUUUAUGUAUCUUUAUUUGCGAUUGAGUUAAAUCGUGGCAAUCAAAUGACUUUUGAAGCUCAUUCAACAUGAGAGACAGCUUAGAAGAAUGUUCUCUUGGGGCUUUAAGAUGCAAUAUCGACUUUUCUUUCGUUUGUCAAAUUCAAUGUGAUACAAAUAUUUACUGGUGAAAGGUACCACAAAAGUGCUUUAUGCUUCCUAUGGGGAAGGGACUCUGUAACAUAAACUUGAGUUUUGUAAUUUAUACAAGGACUUAAAUAUAUAGACAAUAAUUUUCUUCAUCUUUAGGAUUUUUAAAGUAAAUGAACACUUAUGAUUGUAAGUUUAUUUUUUAAAAAAAGUUUUAAAAAUUUGAGGAGUUUUGUUCCACAAGCAACCGGUACUGGCUACCCUGGUCUUAUGACAAUUAUCUAACUCCUCACAACUGUCUGCUAUAAAUGCGAAUGAACUUUAUUUUCUCAAGGAAAUAUGAUUUAAUUAAAUAUUCAUGUACAUUUUAGAAGCUUUAUGAAACAAUGUCCUUCAUUUGCUGGCAAGAAGAUAAAAUAUGACAGAACCUGGUUAUUUAUAAUAAAACAGGUAUGACAGUAUUCUUUUUCAAAAACACUGAAAAAUUUGUGUUGUUUCCUUUUGGUCAAAUUUGAUGUAUUUCUUAAUGGUCAUAGUCACCAAAGCAUGCUUGCUACAAAGGCUGGAAAUAUUAAUAAGGGAUUAUGGGCAUGAUAUUUAUAUCAAUAUGCUUUAAGUUCUAGCUUUCAUAAAUGAUUAAAAUGAGCAAUUUUUUAGUCAAUAAUUUACAAUCUGGAGGAAGUAUUCCUCUUCGAUCUCAUUAACUUUGUGAUCAAACUGAACCAAGAACAGGUCAAAAACAGAUUUUAAUACAGGUUGGCAGAUGGCACAAAGAUAUGAAAAUAACUGCAGAAAUUAUAAAUAUAAAAUUAAUUUUACAAUUAUAUUGCUAUUUAUAAAACACAUAGGAAAAUGUUUCAUUUCUAUACCAUUCUUUCUCAAAGCUGAAUCAGUAGUGCCCAGUUUGUAGAAAAAUAUAAUCUUAUUCAAUAAAUGUAAGAAAAAAUGAAACUCUG